UUCUUACCAUUGCCGUUUAUAGUUACGUAAAGAAACUCCGAAAUACACUCGGCAAGUGCGUUAUUAGCUGCCUACUUAGCAUGGUCAUGAUGCAACUUCUUUGGAUACUAGGCCUUUUGGAGUUAUUGGAUCUUAACCUUUACUUGGUAUUGUAUGCUACGGUAUUCUUCCAGGGCGCUUACGUUGUGUGGCUUUCUGUCAUUAGCUAUCACCUGUGGGAAACCUUCAAGCCUCUCAAGUGUGAUGAUCAUCGAUAUCAAUUUCUGCUCUAUAGUGCUAUUGCUUGGAUCACGGCUGCUGGCACUUGCUAUCUGUUAUAUUUGUAA